AUGGUCAGUAGUGUACUCGGAAUAUUUGUCUGUACCCUCAUAGUUUUAAGCAGUCCCAACUGGUCGAAUGUUGUCAGUCACAUGGUUUAUCAGUUCAAUGUUUCGACUUGUGCUAGUAAACAAUAUUACAAGUGGAAAAUUGAAUUAUAUGGGCCUGUAGCCCAAAAAGUUGAGUCGUACGGGCCUGGGCCUGGGCCUGGGCCCAAUCGUGUGAACAUAUCACUUCCAUUUUCGGGACUUGAGGGAGCAGCAUCAUCAGGAGUCGGAGCAACCAUGUCAGUCGCAGCUCGUGUGAAUAUUCCCGUCGCUGGAGUCUUCUCCCUCUUGAAUUCUCCCCUUUCUCUUCCCAAUUCCAUCAAGCUCUCGUCCAUCCCUCUUCACAGACGUCCGAUCAGAGUUUGUUCUGUUUCCUCGUCUUCCCACUCCUCUUACUCUAUACAACCAGAUGAAGUUGAAGAAUUUGUCAUCGGCGACUGCGUUAUCUUCGAAGACGGCGCGUUCGACGAUCCUUAUCUGUCCGACGACUCGAAUGCGGGCUAUUCCAGUACAGGCGUAGCGCAGUCUAAGCCCAAGAGCGGCGUUGCGGAAAUUAAGCCCGAAAACUUGGUGCCGGAUGAGUGGAAGGAAGCGCAAGCGGAGAUUAACAUCACCAAGAAAGAGAGGCGGAAGAUUGCUCAGGAGUUGGAGUUUGGUACUCGAGUUGAGAAGAGGAAGAAAGGGCUUGUUCCUUUGAGGAGUGUGAAUUUAGAGGAGUAUUUGGCUUACAAGCAAGCCAAGUUAGCGCAGUUGGAGCCGCUUGUUCUUGAUAAUCCUUCUACUUUUCCGGCGACUGGGGAAGUUAAUGGGGCGGAGGGUGUUAGGGAAGUUAAAAGAGGCGAAAUGAGCGGGUCGAGUGAGCGAGUGGCGCCAAAAAAUCCCAAGUGGGCGGUUUAUGGACGAGGUCUGGAGGAUGUUUCAGAAUUCUUCAACAGUGGAAAGUAUCAGCCUGCCGAUAAAAAAUCUGAAGGACCUCGCAAGUUAUUUACAAAAGAGGAAAAGGUUAUGCUGAAUAAAAGGGUGCCUGAUCUUGCUGCUGCUCAUUCUGAGAUGUGGUUACCUCUACACACUCUUGUUGGGUCUGGCGAAUUUUACCUUGUGGAUGAACUAUUGAAAAAUAAUGUCGACAUCAAUGCUGUGGACAAGGUUGGUUUCACUGCUCUUCACAGAGCUAUAAUCGGAAAAAAGCAAGCCAUAACUAAUUAUCUUUUAAGAGAAAGUGCCAAUCCUUUUGUUCGUGAUAAGGAUGGGGCAACCUUGAUGCAUUACGCUGUCCAAACAGCUUCGAGUCAGGCAAUCAAAGUUCUUCUAUUGUAUAAUGUUGAUAUAAACCUUCAGGACAAAGAUGGGUGGACGCCACUGCAUCUUGCUGUUCAGGCUCGGCGGACAGAUGUAGUCAGGCUUUUGUUAAUUAAAGGAGCUGAUAAAACAUUAAAAAAUGCGGAAGGUUUGACCCCAUUGGACCUUUGCCUCUAUUCUGGUCAAGACACGAAAACUUAUGAACUACUAAAGCUGUUGAAACAGCUUCCAAAGCCAAGUAAACUGCCUUCAUGACAGAGAUGAUUCAUUGACCUAACUCUUGCUUAGUUUCCAGGAUAUCAGUUAUCAUUGCAUUCAGUAUGCCACAUUGUUCCGAGUCCUACUACACUGGGUAUGCAACUGUAUCAGAACCUUGCUUUUUGCAAGAUCAUUAGAUCAGAAUAAAUGGUGCUAUUAAAGUGAAUAUCAUUGGACAACCAAGCCAGAAACAUCAUGAGCUUCCCAGUCAGAGCAAAUGGAUCUAUAUCAAUAACGACUAAUGGUUACAGCAUGGGAAGUCCGCUUAGUAUCAUAAUCAUUUUCUUUUUAUGAUGAAAGUUUUAAUAACCUCCCCCUGUUAUUCUUUCUUGUUGUAACUAUUGAAGAUUUUGAUGUAUAGAUACAUACGUUUUAGUGACAUAAGAUAUGAAUUUAAUGGAUGAACUUCAAGAGCUGGUAGGUUUUUUA